UAGUUGCUCAUCUCUAGUUGUUGUUAUUUUUGGUGGUGUGUAUAUUUUACAUUUGUUUGAAGCCAAACAGAAUUUUGUAAUCAAUUAGAACGGAUUGCUAGACAACAACAUGGCUAAUGUUGAAUCAAUGAUUGUGGAGGAGAAGACGCAGAUAAAGCAAAUUGAUCGCGAGAAGACCUGCCCGUUGCUGCUGCGUGUGUUUUGCUCAACUGGUCGCCAUCACUCGGUGUCCGAGUACAUGUACAGCAACGUGCCCACCAAUGAACUCCAGAUCUACACCUGGCAGGAUGCGACGCUGCACGAAUUGACAUCGCUGGUGCGCGAUGUGAAUCCGGAUACACGGAAGAAGGGCACCUAUUUUGACUUUGCCAUUGUGUUCCCCAACUUUCGGAAUAACCAUUUCCAAAUGCGUGAAAUUGGAGUUACCUGUACGGGGCAGAAGGGUAUCGAUGAUAACAAGACGCUGGCCCAGGCCAAGUUCAGUAUUGGUGACUUUCUGGAUAUCUCAAUAACGCCACCGAAUCGCAUGCCUCCCGCGAGGCGUCAACGUCCCUACUGAAAGAGGGAAGCAGCGAGAUUACAGGCUAUUCAUAAUCUUUUAAUUUCCUCUCACUUUACACUCAAAAUAUAAUAAAGUACAGACAUAAUUACA